UGUAACACGGAGCACAAACAUACGACGCGCAAAAGAAACGUGCGAUUGAGCUGAAGUUCUCACAUUGUGGGCAGGGUGACUGUCGAGGGGCUGUGUGCUUAAUAUGCAAAUACAGCAACGAGGAGAGACCACCUCACCUGUCAGUCCCCGUUUGAGUCUGGAGCUUUCGUUUCAGGUGAACUAGAGCGAAAGGAUACCAGGUCUUCUCUCGAAGACAGCGUUCCCUGGCAAUGUGACAUUCCGUCACUACUAUAUUCAAGUGCUGGCCAUGGUCAAGAAGACGAGAGUGCCACCAAAUAGGCCAAGUUGACAUUUUGUCGGUCUUCAACAUGUGCACCUGCUAAUCCUCAUUAAUAUUGCCAGAUACUAUGCCCAUAACUCACCAUCUUACAAGAGUCAUCCUUGUCCAGCUCCUUACUCUCCUCGUGGACUGUACGUUCGGUAGAAAUGUCAACUUUCAUAACGUGAGGCCACCAAUAUCCCCGACUCCAUUUCCAAACAGCUUCAAGUGCUUCACUUGCAACAAUGCUUUGAACAACUAUGAGUGUAACAGAUGGGCUGAAGACAAAUGGUGCCCUCAGCAUACAGAAUACUGCCUGACAGUACACAGAUUUACAAGCCGUGGCAGGAGUGAAUCAGUCUCAAAGAGAUGUGUUUCAAAGCUGGAAUGUUAUUCAGUUGGCUGCCGUCACAUAAGGAAGUUCGGUCAUACAGAGUGCACUUCCUGUUGUGAAGGGAUGAUCUGCAACAUCGAUGUGCCAACAAAUCACACAAAUGCUGUGCUUGUGGUUAAACAGCUCCGCAGGUUCCCUUCAUCUGCCAGCAAUAGGGUAUUGAGCAUAAGCUGGAUCACAUUAGCACCGCUAGUUGUUGUUUUGGUAUGAUAAACAGCAACAACAUCAAGUGAAGGUGUUUUUUUUUAAUGCACAUCAGCUACUUUGAUUGAUUCCAUCUUUGAGCUGUGGAAAAAUGAGUCUCACCUUCAAAACAGUCCCAAAUAUUUGCACCAAUGAAUAAGAGGUGCAUACUGUCAACUGGUGCACUGACAUUACAAAGACUGGAUUGUGAUUUGUUCUGAUGUGAGAAACUGCUGUUGGAGUAUACCUGAGAUCAAAGAAUCAAAAGAGGAAGGUCAUGGGACAUCUAACACAAGGAUAAAUACAGAUUUCCUUUUGUAAAAUUUAAUUUUUAUUUUGGCCUGCCUUAUCUUCGUCUCCUGGACGUUUUUAUCAAUUUUCAAGGGGUGACACCAUGGACACCAUAUGCUUUCAGUCAUCCUUGUCAACAGGGUCGUAGUUCAAGUGCAAACCUUGCUAGUACAUAUCUACAAGCUAUUCAGUAGUGGACAACCAACAGUCCUUCUUAUCUGAUGUUCACACACUUCCAGCGGAGUUAAUGAACAGUAAUAUGGAGCAGAAAUUGUUACCAAUGUGUUUUUUUCCCCAAUUCUUAAUUCGUGUGUGCUGAGUGCAACUACAUCUUCCUCUAAAUGUUGCCCAGGAAACCUCAGGAAAACUAAUAUUAAACAUGAAAUCAUCCUAUUCUGGUUGAAUUUGUUGCUUGCUGGAUAAUAUCAGAGGAGUAGAAAUACUGCUUUUCCAUUGUAACUUUUCUGACAUAUUGCACAAACUUCUCAAAAUAGAUCACAGUACUCUCUGCCAGCGCCCAUGUCCAUUUCCAACUACUGUUUGUGAUUUUAGACUAAUUCCACGUUGAUUGUGUGGCAGGUGGCGGUUUUGGAAAGUAAACUUGUACACAUGUAAAAUUUAUUUCACAAUCAGGCUGAAAAAAUACAGAAACCAUAAGCCAUAAAAAUCAUUAAACAAUAGCAUUUGUAACUA